AUGCAACAAAAAUCGAGAUAUCAUGUUUACGGCUCCUCCUCCUCAAUCCCGUCAGCUUCCCUAUGCCAAACCUUCGCACAUAAAAAACUCAGGACAAACUUGGAUGACAGGAACAAAAGCCUGGGUCCGCAAGAAGGAAACUUUCGGCUCGGUGAAGAGCCAUCUGGGAAAUACGAGGGUUCAAUGGAUCCAGAGGAAUUAUCACGGAGAUUUCUUUCUAAUGCUAGUACAGUCCAGCCUCGUUUCGGUGGCGGAGUCGAGGGAGGGUUCGGGGGUGCGUGUUCAGGGAAGGAGACGGGCAUCAGUCAUGGCUCAUAUAAAGAGUACGCGACGUAUUCUGCAAUGAUCGACGCUAUCGAGCUCGCUUGCGUGGAAUUAAACCUCCGGCUUUCCAAAACUGCCUCCUCUAAAGCUUCCUCAGUCGACUGGUCUCAAGACAUUUAUCCCAUAGCACACCACGAUUUAGUCGUCGAUGAUCACGAAUCUUUUUUCCACUUGUUAUGUUGGGUGGCUUUGAAAGACGCAGGGCACGGACUCACGGAUAGAGAGGCUACUGAGACACUGGGGGAGAUCUAUGACCAGGCUCGAUAUACACAGGGCAGGAGAGUACUAGGCGGCAUAGGUAAAAGGCGUGCAAUGCUGUCAAGGGCAAUGGAAUUAGAGGGUAAAUUCGCUCCCGGUCCUCUUAGAGAUCUCAUCGUUACGCUUGAGAAUACCCUUCUCGUCCGGUACGACCGUGCCCCGACCGAAGAGGAAGUCUGCCAGUACGAAGAGUUCGUGCGCUCUGGGGCCGAAUCCUACCCACGUACUCAGGAAGGUCGUAUGCUUGCGAAAACUGAAGAGUAUUUUCAAAAGCAAAAGGAUCUUUGUGAUUCGAGUUGGAUGCUCCAAAAAUUUCGCGACGCUGGCGAUUCUUUACUCAAACAACCUUCCCCGUCCUUCGGGAAAGAGAAGAUUAGAUCCGCAGAACACUUUAAAGGACAAGUGACAUGA